AAUAGAAAGUUUUAAAAAUGAAUAAAAUUUAGAUUUUUUUUUUUUGAAAUAAAAUUUAGAAAGUUCAAGAAAGCGUCGUUCCAUUCGAGUUCCCCUUUCUUUCUCUCGCUUGAGGUUCGGUUCGUCUGAGAUCUCCAUGGAUUCUGUUUUAAUGGGUUCCCUCAAAUCUCAUUUUCCUGGGGUGAGUCUCCGGCAUAACCUCCCAAAUCCCUAUGGUCUCUCUUCCACAGUGACCCGUUGUUGCCGGUCCCCAAGAGUCUCGUGUGGGCUUCGCGAUGGACCAAGAAAGCCCUUGUGGAGGUCAAGGGUACUCUCCACUGAAGCCAUCCAGGCAGUACAGUCACUCAAGUUAGCAAAAUCAACACCACCAAAGCUAAAGGAGGUUUUCGGUGCCAGACUUGCUCGCCUCUUGAAGAUAGACUUGUUAGACACUUUGGCCGAGUUACAGAGACAAAAUGAAUUGGACUUAGCCCUCAAGGUAUUCAAAUUUGUAAGAAAGGAAGUAUGGUAUAAACCAGAUGUGUCACUAUACUGUGACAUGAUUCGAUUAUUGGGAAAGAACAAACUGAUUGAAAUGGCUGAAGAACUCUUCUUGGAACUAAAGGAAGAAGGGUUGGAACCUAACACAAGGGUAUUUACUGAGAUGAUUGGAGCUUACUUACAACUUGGUAUGAUUGACAAGGCAAUGGAGGCCUAUAGUUUGAUGAAAGCAUCAGGUUGUACUCCAGAUAAAUUAACCUUCACAAUAUUGAUUAGAAACCUUGAGAAAGUGGGAGAAGAAGAGCUUGUAAGAGGUGUGAAGAAUGAUUGUUUUGAGUUUAUGGACUGCUCUGACAAAUUUCUUGAAGAAUUAGAACGCAAACGGGUAAGGAACCAUGUUAUAAUUCAUGGUCAAUUGUUUUGUCCAAUGAUUCUUAUGGGUUUACUUUUUAUAUUUUCUAACUUUGGUUUCCUCUACAGCCAAAGAGAAUGGUCGGUCUAGUUUGACAACAGAGGUUUGGAUUGGAAUUGGUGCAAGAUUUUAAUUCGUUUAGAUAUAAUAAAUAUCAAAUUAAUAUGUAAGAUUUAGAUUCUGAAUUCAAAGUUCAAACAAUGAGAAUGAAAUUUAUGGCAAAAAUUGUUAUACAAUUGAAUUGAAGUAGAUGUUCUUUUCUUA